AUGAGUAUGUCUUUUCGUCGCAAACGAUGUCUCUCAAAGAUUUCACACUAUGUAGAUAAGAAAAUGUGCGUGGGAGGGGCGGAGCGGGUUGAUUGCAGAUGCGAAUCAUUGUGGCGAGUUGCUGCGAUACAGGCUGGAGCCUGCGCACAUGGAGAAUGUGCAAGAGCUUUUUUUCCGUUGCUCAAAAUCAAAAAAAUAAUGCUGUGCCGGGAAGCUAGCACAUGUUCUAGGUGGAAUGGAGAUAGCGAGGGUGCCUACGAGGGUGGGCAGCGAUAUGAUGACAUUUGGAACAGCGGGCAGGCCCCGCGGCGAGAAUCGAUGAUGUGCAGUAUGUGUGCCAGCAGGGAUGGGAAAUUUUGUCGUGGGCGAAAAGGAACGAGCAGCGCCAGAAUAGUAGAAAGUGACAUGGGCAUACAGCGCGGUGGCCGGUGGAGUGGCCGGUGGAGUGGCCGGGGGAGUGGCCGGUGGAGUGGCCGGGGGAGUGGCCGGUGGAGUGGCCGGUGCUGGUGGCUGUGCUGGUGGCUGUGGUGA